AUGGCCGGUUACCAACGACCCAUGAGUUUUUCAGAAAGGCGAGGAAGCGCCCUCAGUGACGACUUGACCCUCAGCACAUCCACGAACCCCAUGAUAAACCACCGCUUGGAAAAGCUGCCUCAGCAGCAACGGCACUUGCGUGGACCUCCUACUCCCAGCAUGUCUACACCCGCCGCAGACUUUGAUCAACAACUCACCGGCUCACCUCCACCGCCUCCCACACCCGCUGCGUCUCCGGGACCAUCGCAUUUCCAACCAGAUUGGAGUGAUGCUGCUGAUGACGAAGACUUCUUUCUUGCCAAAGUCCGGCAACACUUCAAAAACUGUUCCGGUCCUCAGAGGACUCGAGUCCUCGCCGAUCUGCUGAACCUCUGUACCAGCCAGCAAUUGAGUUUCGUUCACCAAUUUGUCAGCCCUUUACUGAAAAAGGACCCCUUUACAAGUCUGCCGGAUGAACUGUGUCUUCGGAUAUUAUCUUUCAUCGAUGAUCCAAAAGUUUUAGCACGAGCCUCGCAAGUAUCUAAACGAUGGCGAGAUCUCCUCAGCGACGACAUGACGUGGAAGAAUCUUUGUGUCAAACACGACUACGGCCGCCGACUAUCAGAAGUCUACACACAUGCACCUAAUUUCUCCUCGAGACCAUCAGUACAGGCUUUGCAUGGGUUCGAUGCCGACAUGACCAGCAGCAGCAGCUUCCCAGGCGCGCGCCCUUACUCUUAUACCUCAGGUACCCGAUCGUUCGACGGCUCGAAUACCUCUGGUCGACCCAGGUUACGGACCUACAAGUCCCACUUCAAGCAGAGAUAUUUAGUCGAAGCUGCCUGGCGAUCUGGCGGUACUAGCACAACACGGAAUAUUACCCAAGAGGGUGGCGUUGUUACAAGCCUGCAUCUGACGCCCAAGUACAUCAUUGUGGCACUUGAUAAUGCCAAGAUUCAUGUGUUCGAUACUGAGGGAGACUCGCAACGCACCCUGCAGGGACAUGUUAUGGGUGUCUGGGCCAUGGUUCCCUGGGAUGAUACUCUGGUCAGUGGAGGCUGUGAUCGUGACGUGAGAGUAUGGAACCUCAAGACUGGUGCCUGUUUACACACCUUACGAGGCCACACAUCGACCGUUAGGUGCUUGAAAAUGGCAGAUGCAAAUACAGCGAUUUCGGGAUCUCGGGAUACCACCCUAAGAAUCUGGGAUAUCCGAACCGGCCUCUGCAAAAACGUUCUCGUUGGUCAUCAGUCCAGCGUUCGAUGUCUCGAGAUCAAGGGUGACAUUGUCGUAUCCGGUAGCUACGAUACUUUCGCUCGAGUCUGGAGCAUUUCCGAAGGCCGUUGUCUUCAAACGUUACAGGGCCAUUUUAGUCAAAUCUAUGCCAUUGCGUUUGAUGGUAAGCGAGUCGUGACGGGCAGCCUGGAUACCAACGUGAGAAUUUGGGAUCCGACUUCUGGUGAGUGCCUGGCUAUUCUCCAGGGUCACACGUCUCUUGUUGGACAGCUUCAGAUGCGCGGUGACACCUUAGUUACUGGUGGAUCAGAUGGAUCGGUUAGAGUUUGGUCUCUGAAAGAAAUGUGUCCAAUCCAUCGUCUUGCAGCUCACGAUAACAGUGUCACCAGUCUGCAAUUUGAUGAUACUCGAGUCGUGAGUGGCGGCAGUGAUGGCCGAGUUAAGAUCUGGGACCUCAAAACUGGGCACCUCGUUCGUGAACUCAUCGCGCAAGGUGAAGCUGUCUGGCGUGUUGCGUUUGAAGAUGAAAAGUGUGUUGCUUUGGCCUUGAGACACGGCCGUACAGUCAUGGAGGUGUGGUCGUUCUCACCACCCGAAGAGAUGCUCUAUGACCGCCCACUCUCGCUUCAACAGCGGGUACUGGAGGAUGACCCGAAUCGUCCAUUGAGCGCCAUGGCUAUCGACUAUCGCACUUCACAACAGACUUUGGCCAGUUCCAGCCGAGACGUUUCAACCCAGGAUGUCGAGAUGAACGACGCUGGUCCUUCAACUGCCCCUUUGCAGGGCGAGGGAUUAGAAGUUGGCCCAAUAAUGUUGGAUAAUCAAAAGGAACUCAAACAUGUAUAUAUCACGUGGCCGCUAAGCCUAUCAAGGUCUAGACCUACCAACAAUUGGAGGCCAAGCUCAACGCUCUGCCGCUCAACAGCGACUUUUUCUGAGCUCCAUUCAGCCAAGUCGCAGUUAUCAACUCGACAACGUCCUGAUCCCUCAAUUCAUUUCUCCAUAUCCACGAUGUUGUCUCGAGCUCUCCGACUCCCCAGGGCUGUGCCUAUGCGCACCAAGCUCGCCGCUCCCGCUUACACUGCCAUUCGCUCUGUCACUACCGAUGCUGCUUCGGCGUCCCUGAGUCACUCAGUCCCCAAGUCCGAUGAUGAGCCUUUCUCUGUUAACCUCAGCGAUGAGAGCUUCGAGACUUACGAGCUGGACCCCCCUCCUUACACCCUGGAGGUGACCAAGAAGGAGCUGAAGGAUAUGUACCGCGAGAUGGUCAUCACCCGACAGAUGGAGAUGGCGGCCGAUCGUCUGUACAAGGAGAAGAAGAUUCGAGGUUUCUGCCACUUGUCUACCGGACAGGAGGCUGUUGCCGUUGGUAUUGAGCACGCCAUCACCAAGGAGGACGACAUUAUCACCGCUUACCGAUGCCACGGUUACGCUCUGAUGCGUGGUGCUUCCGUUCGAUCCAUCAUUGGUGAGCUGCUUGGCCGACGUGAGGGUAUCUCCUACGGAAAGGGCGGUUCCAUGCACAUGUUCGCCAAGAGCUUCUACGGCGGUAACGGUAUCGUCGGUGCUCAGGUUCCCGUCGGUGCUGGCCUUGCCUUUGCUCACAAGUACAAUGGCAACAAGAACGCUUCUAUCAUCCUCUACGGUGAUGGUGCCAGCAACCAGGGCCAGGUCUUUGAGGCUUUCAACAUGGCCAAGCUCUGGAACCUCCCUGCCCUCUUUGGCUGCGAGAAUAACAAGUACGGUAUGGGUACCGCUGCUGCUCGUUCUUCCGCUUUGACCGACUACUACAAGCGUGGUCAGUACAUCCCUGGUCUUAAGGUCAACGGUAUGGAUGUUCUUGCCGUCAAGGCCGCCGUCAAGUACGGUAAGGAGUGGACUGCUGCCGACAAGGGACCUCUCGUCCUCGAGUACGUCACCUACCGAUAUGGUGGUCACUCCAUGUCUGAUCCCGGUACCACCUACCGAACCCGUGAGGAGAUUCAGCGCAUGCGAUCCACCAACGAUCCUAUUGCUGGACUCAAGCAGAAGAUUCUGGACUGGGAGAUCACAAGUGAGGAGGAGCUCAAGAAGAUUGACAAGGAGGCUCGUGCCCACGUCAACGAGGAGGUUGCUGCUGCUGAGGCCAUGGCCGUGCCUGAGCCCAAGCCUGAGAUUCUGUUUGAGGAUAUCUACGUCCGGGGAUCUGAGCCCGAGUACAUCCGUGGCCGUAUUCCCGAGGAGAACCACUACUUCCAGUAG